AUGUCCAACCGGAACAAAACCGACACAGCCGGCGCCGGCCUUGCCCAAGGCUCCUCGACCGGCGCCCCCGGCAUCCCGACCGGCCUCCAAGAUCAACGCGCUCAAUACGAUCCCGCCACAACCGGCGUCAAUCCAGCUACCGGUGCCCCCUACACGAAAUCCGACAAGGGCGCAUCUAGGAAGAGCUUCGAUGUCGCUGCCGGGGACGAUCGAAUCCAGCACGCGCCCAGCACGGCCCAACGGGUCCAGAUGGAGGAGCAGCAGGAGAAAGCGGCGCGCGAUCGAUCGAGCAGCUCGGUGGGACAAAUGGGGAAGGAUGUUGGACGUAAGGCUCAGGGAGUGAUGGCGGGGGUACAUGGAGCGCUUAACUCGGCAGUGGACCGCGCGUUUGGAUCGAAUGAAAGCGCGGAGUGGAAUGAGGAGAUUACUCGUCGUGAAGAGGAGAUGCGCACGGGCAGAUUGGGCAAGUGGACUUGA